ACCGGUGACGUCACCAUGAAAUGACAAGACUCACGAAACGUAAUUUUGUAAUCGUUUUUUCAAAAAUUUGACUAUUAUCUACAAAGAAAAGUGUUUAAAAUUUAUAAAUAUCUCUAUCUCGUGCACCAAAAUGAACAGCUCAUCAGAUCCUCGUCGUCCGGAAAAGGAGAUUCGCUACAAACCAGCAGUGACCAACACUCAAGCUCAACCCGGAGAUGACAUGACACCAGAUUAUAUGAACAUCCUGGGAAUGAUUUUCAGCAUGUGCGGCCUGAUGAUGCGUCUAAAAUGGUGUGCAUGGGUUGCCUUGUUUUGUUCCUGCAUAAGCUUCGCUAAUUCCAGGGUAAGCGACGACACAAAACAAAUCCUCAGUAGCUUCAUGUUAUCCAUUUCGGCUGUCGUUAUGUCUUAUCUGCAAAAUCCCCAGCCCAUGACUCCUCCCUGGGCUUCGGCGAUUCAAUAAGAAAUUUCUCUUCGGCCCCGAAUUGUUUAUGGUAUUUCCCUGUACUUGAGAGGAGCUGAUGAGACUAUGUUUCCGAAUUUUUCGGCACCAAGGUUUCUUGCAUUUUCAAUAAUUAAGUAUCAUUCACGGAAUACUUAAAGUUCUCAACAUUUUCAACGCUUUAGAAGCUCAGUGGAAUAUUGAUUUGUAAUUAAUACUUAGAGACCAAACUUGAACGUAUAGGCGAAUGUAUCAAAUGAACAAUACAUAACCACGAAUAUAUAAUAUUAAUUAUAAAUAAUGUAGGCAUUCAUUCAUUCUGUCCACACUGAAGCUCCUAUCAGGCCUCAGACUCACCACACUAUUCACACUAUUUUCUCAGAAUUUUCCACUAAUGCCACCACGUCUUUACUUUUCCUUGAAAAAUAUUUUUGAAAUUUUACGUUAAUUGGCUAAAAUAAUGUCCGCCAUCUCAACAUAAAUUUUCAAACUAAAUAGUCUGAGCAAUGGAUGUGGUGUUCGUCUACACUUUUUUUACAUAAUUUUUAGUAUAUGUUUUUUGUUUAGUUCUUGAA